UGGUACAUGGAUGAUGGAUCUCUCAAGCAGCAUCUACUUUGUUUCAUCCAUCGACUCGCCCGAGUUCACUCAUUUUAGUCGAGCACUAACUCGGUCGCCGGUCAUCGGUCUUGACGCCGAAUGGAAGCCCGUCCGCUCUCAGCAGUCCAACUAUCCUACGGUCUCCAUCCUCCAAAUAGCUUGCCAUAUCGGCGAAGACGACGAAACUCGUCAUUUCUCUAAUAAUUCGACACCUGUUUUCCUUAUCGACCUCUCAGCUAUCCCUCUUCCAUCUAUCUAUGAGCUUCUCAGGGAUGCGUUUGUCUCGCCUAAUGUUCUGAAGUUGGGAUUUCGCUUCAAGCAAGACCUGCUGUUCCUGUCCUCCACCUUCUGCUCUCAGGGCUGCGAGCCCGGUUUCGAUAGCGUGGAACCUUUUAUAGAUAUUACAAGCAUAUAUGGCUACCUGCAACACAAGCAACAAGGAAGAAGGUUACCAAAGCAAUCUAAGAGUUUAGCAGCAAUUUGCCAGGAAGUGCUGGGCAUUUCUCUUUCAAAGGAGCUCCAGUGCAGUGAUUGGUCACAACGGCCUCUCACAGAAGAACAAAAGACUUAUGCUGCACUAGAUGCUCUCUGCUUGCUUCAAGUCUUUGAUGUACUCAAGGCCAGGGUGGCUAAUGUAGUUGGGAGUACUGCGUGCAAUGAUGAAAAGCUCCAGUCGUCUUCCAUCAAUCUUGGCCUCAAGCAGAUUCUUGACAUGCCAAAUGUUUCUAAUAAUGUAUUGCGGAGUAAGUUCAUCAAAGCUACAAAGAUGGUCCAAACCAUCGUGACCAAUUUCCCCCUAGGAAUAACCAUUUGUGAAGAAGCGGCUUGUGUAUUUCAGUAUUCCGAAAAUAAGCGAAUGCAUGAUGCAGUCAUUUGGAUUAUCACCAAGUAUGGUGAUAAAAUUUUACUAAGUGAUGCUGAUAGGAAACCCAAAAUGUCGAGGCGGAAAAUGAGGUCUCCUGCUGGAUUAUUGGCCAAACCUAGACAAUUGGACAGUGGCGAAGAAUGGCAAGGUCCUCCGCCUUGGGAUAUGUCCUUAGGUGGUGAUGGUUUCCCUAAGUUCUUAUGCGAUGUGAUGGUUGAAGGAUUGGCAAAACAUUUGAGGUGUGUUGGCAUUGAUGCUGCCGUUCCACCUAUGAGAAAACCUGAAACAAGGAAUUUAAUAGAACAAGCAUCCAAGGAGAAGCGGGUGCUUUUAACACGAGAUGCCAAGCUGCUGAGGCAUGGCUAUCUCAUAAAAAACCAAAUUUACAGGGUGAAGAGUCUUCUUAAAAAUGAACAACUUAUUGAGGUGAUAGAAACAUUUAAAUUGGCUGUUUCAGAGGAUCAGCUGAUGUCUAGGUGUACUAAAUGCAAUGGGAGGUUCAUACAGAAAGCUCUUUCAACUGAAGAGGCCGUCGAAGCUGGCAAGGGAUUUCAGGUCAUCCCAAACUGCUUAUUUAACAAGAAUUUGGAGUUCUGGCAGUGCAUAGAUUGCAAACAACUCUAUUGGGAGGGAACCCAAUACCAUAAUGCUGUACAAAAGUUCAUUGACAUUUGCAAGCUAAAUGAGUAAUGCGUCGCUGAGAGAAUGAUUCCCCGACGGAAGUUUACUGGAUGUAUGACCAGAAGAAUUUAAAGUCCGAUGCACUAUGAAUGGAAAAAGAUAACCAGCAACUAAAUGUGGAAUGAUACUAUGUGAUUAAAAGUUCAAUCGAACUGAUCCAACAUGGCACCUUGGGUGCAUCCUCCUUCGGGCACGGACCAAGCUUUUGAAUCCAUCCAUAUGUUUUUCCUUUCUGAUAUUUAGUUUCACCACUCAGAUGACUAUCACGUGAAUGACAUUAUAAUGUAGACUAUACUUGGUAUUUCAUUCCUAUUAAAUUCAAGUUACCCGUUAUAAGAGUAACUUUACAGGUUACGUUUCUCCAUAUUUUGUAUAUGAAGACUUGAUAGGAGCUUAACUUCUAUUUGUAUAACAUGAUUUUGAAUAAGAUGACUUAACAGGAGCUAUAAUUCUACA